AUGAUGAAGCCAAUUCCUUCGAUUGAAGAUGUCUUUAAUAUGGUGGCUCAAGAUGAACGCCAGAAAUCGAUCAAGCCAAGCUCGCGACAGGACAACGUUGUUUUCCAGAACUCUGGCCCUCAUGAUGAUACUCAAUCUUUGUCAUCUGAGACUCUUGCUGAUAAUGCUGCGUUUGCUACUCAGUACAACAAUGGUUAUCGUCCUCGCCAGCGUCCAGUUUGUACCCACUGUGGUCAAUUGGGUCAUGUUGUUCAGAAGUGCUUCAAGCUUCACGGAUAUCCUCCGGGUCACAAGUUCCAUACAGCUUCUGGUCAACAACAGUCUCAGACGUCUCGUGGUCAACAAUCUCAGUUGUGCAUUCACAGAACCGUUCUCAGGCUCAAGGUUAUCAGGAAUCCAACACUGUUGCAAAUGUGA